UUUGGCGACCGUUUCUCCGGCGAUACUUCUUUCUACUACGCGGCCGGCCGGCCGUCUUCAUCGGCGAUACGCAGGUUUUACAGGGAGAGAAACUGACAGUUUCUACAACAAGAAGAACUAGUUUCUCCGUAUAUAACUUUUCUUUGUUUUGAACGAAAACCUGUUCUCGAUCAACCGUCUGUCUGUCUGUUGAAGCACGAUAAGAAACGGCUCUUACGUGGGUCGUUCGAGGAAACCCUAAAGCUUCUAACUUCAUAAACCCUAGCCAUUUAUGCUGCUAACUUAAGGGUUUCUUCUGCUACUCUUAACGCCAUGAGUCCAAUUCAGAAUAUGGAUCAACAUUCUCGUCGCAUUGUGGAGCCUGACAUCCCGAUACAAGCAAGGCUUCAGAUGGCGACGGAGGUUCGGGACAGUUUAGAGAUAACCCACAGUGGAGAAUACUUGUAUUUCUUAAAAUGCUAUUUCACAGCGUUUUCUGAUAUCAUGUACCAUAUAACGAGUCCUCAGUCAGUGGAUAAUCCGGAGCACAAGCUCCGUAACAUAGUUCUGGAGAUUCUUAAUCGUCUUCCACACAGUGAAGCUAUUCGUCCGUUUGUUCAGGAGCUAAUGAAGAUUGCGAUGCAUGUCCUUACCAUAGAUAAUGAGGAGAAUGGGUUGAUUUGUAUUAGAAUAAUAUUUGAUCUCCUCAGAAAUUUCAGGCCUACGUCAGAAAGCGAAAUUCAACCCUUAUUCGAUUUCGUAUGCAAAAUUUACCACAACUUCGGAUCGACAGUUAGUUAUAUCUUUGAGAGCAGUGAAGUGCCACCACCUGCUUCUUUCAGCACCAAUACAGUAGCGGGUUCAACAUUUGGUUCAAUGGGAGGUGAAGACAAUAAAUUGAUGGAUGUUUCAGACCCAGAAGCACUCUCCAGUAGUUUUCCUGGGGCUGGAAAACUUAAUCCUAGUGCACGCUCGUUUAAGAUUGUUACAGAGACUCCUUUGGUUGUCAUGUUCCUGUUUCAGCUGUACUCUCGAUUUGUACAGAUCAACAUUCCUCUCUUAUUGCCGUUAAUGGUGGUUGCUAUUUCUGUUCCUGGUCCUGAGAAGGCUCCGCCUCAUUUAAAAGGUCCUUUCAUCGAGUUCAAGGCUGCUCAGGUUAAGACAGUUUCGUUUCUAACUUACCUUUUGAAGAGUUUUGCUGACAACAUAAGACCACACGAAGAAAGUAUUUGUAAAAGCAUUGUCAAUCUUCUUGUAACAUGCUCUGACUCUGUUUCAAUUAGAAAGGAAUUAUUGGUGGCCCUUAAACAUGUUCUUGGUACUGAUUUUAAGAGGGGUUUAUUUCCUUUGAUUGAUACACUGUUGGAAGAGAGGGUUUUGGUGGGAACUGGCCGGGCCUGCUAUGAAACACUAAGGCCAUUGGCUUACAGCCUGUUGGCUGAGAUUGUUCAUCAUGUCCGAGUUGAGCUAUCUCUGAGACAGUUGUCAAGGAUAAUUUACUUGUUCUCAAGUAACAUGCAUGAUGCAUCGUUAUCUCUCAGCAUUCAUACUACAUGUGCUCGUCUGAUGUUGAAUCUGGUGGAACCAAUUUUUGAGAAAGGUGUUGAUAAGCCUUCUAUGGAUGAAGCAAGAAUCCUACUGGUUCGAAUUUUGGACGCUUUUGUUGGGAAAUUUAAUACAUUCAAGCAUACAAUUCCUCAGCUGCUGGAAGAGGAGGGUGAAGAAGGAAAGGAAAGGUCCACCUUGAGGGCAAAGCUUGAACUCCCUGUUCAGGCAGUUUUAAACUUGCAGGUUCCCUUGGAACACUCUAAGGAAGUCAAUGACUGCAAGCAUCUAAUUAAGACAUUGGUUAUGGGGAUGAAGACUAUAGUUUGGAGCAUCACACAUACUCAUUUACCUAGGUCACAGUCUUCACUAUCUACCACCGGCACACCACCACAAGUUCCUGCUCCUCCAUCCAGUUCCUCAAUUCCUCAUCCAUUUAAAGGAUUGAGAGAAGAUGAGGUUUGGAAGGCAUCUGGGGUUCUGAAAAGUGGGGUGCACUGCUUAGCAUUGUUUAAGGAUAAGGAUGAGGAGAGGGAAAUGGUCCACUUAUUUUCCCAGAUUUUAGCAAUUAUGGAACCGCGAGAUCUUAUGGAUAUAUUCUCGCUUUGUUUGCCUGAGCUUUUCGACUCCAUGAUUACAAAUAGUCAGCUACUUCAUAUAUUUUCUACCCUUCUCCAAACACAGAAGGUUUUCCGGUCAUUUGCAGAUGUACUGGCUAACUUUCUUGUUAGCAGCAAAUUUGAGGUGCUGAAGCUUCCAGAUUCUCCAGAAGCUAAACUUGUUUUGCAUCUCUAUCGGUUCUUGUUUGGUGCUGUAGCCAAGGCUCCUUCGGAAUGUGAACGCAUUUUACAGCCUCAUACGUCUGUUAUUAUGGAAACCUGCAUGAAAAAUGCCAAUGAAAUCGGGAAGCCACUUGGUUAUUUGCAGCUUCUUCGUACGAUGUUUCGAGCACUUGCUGGAGGGAAAUUUGAGAUCCUAUUGCGAGAUUUGAUUCCUAUGCUUCAACCAUGUUUGAACAUGCUUUUGGCUAUGCUUGAGGGGCCAACUGCGGAAGAUACAAGGGACCUUCUGCUUGAGCUUUGCUUAACACUGCCUGCUCGCUUAAGUUCACUAUUACCCCAUAUUUCUCGUCUGAUGAGACCUUUAGUUGUAUGUCUUAAAGGAAGUGAUGAUUUAGUGAGUUUAGGCUUAAGGACACUGGAGUUCUGGAUAGAUAGUUUGAAUCCUGAUUUCCUGGAACCAAGUAUGGCUAAUGUCAUGUCUGAAGUGAUCUUGGCCUUGUGGUCUCAUCUACGACCUGCUCCUUAUCCAUGGGGUGCGAAAUCAUUGCAACUUCUUGGUAAGUUUGGCGGUCGUAAUAUACGCUUUCUCAAAGAGCCUCUGGCACUUGAAUGCAAGGAAAUUCCUGAGCAUGGACUUAGAUUGAUUUUGACAUUUGAGCCUUCAACCCCUUUUCUGGUGCCUCUUGAUCGUUGUGUAAAUCUUGCUGUUGUGGCUGUCAUGCAGAAGAAUGGUUGCGUGGAUCCAUUCUUUCGGAAACAAGCGUUGAAAUUUCUACAUAUAUGUUUAUCCUCUCAGCUUAAUUUGCCUGGAACUGUUACUGAUGAAGGCAUGACCACUAAGCAACUGUCGAAGACAUUAGUUUCUCAUGUGGUGGAAUCAUUUUGUAGGACGUCAGACUCAUCGGAUAUAAAGGCUGAUCUAGGAGUCAAGACAAAAACCCAGCUCAUGGCUGAAAAAUCUGUUUUCAAGAUAUUGUUGAUGACCAUUAUUGCUGCUAGUGGAGAAUCUGAUCUUUUUGACCCUAAAGAUGAUUUUAUUGUAAAUAUAUGCCGUCAUUUUGCAAUGAUAUAUCACAUCGAGAGUUUGUCAGCAAAUACAUCAAGUACCUCACAUGGAGGCUCUUUACACUCCUCUAACGCCAGUUCGAGUUCUAGAUCAAGAGUUAGUUGUAGCACUAAUCUAAAAGAAUUGGAUCCCUUGAUUUUUCUAGAUGCAUUAGUGGAAGUCCUAGCUGAUGAAAACAGGCUCCAUGCUAAAGCUUCCCUUAACGCUUUGAAUGUAUUAUCUGAAACACUGAUUUUCUUAGCCCGUGCAAAACAUACUGAUUCCCUCAUGUCAAAAGGAGGUCCUGUUACUCCGAUGAUUGUUUCUAGUCCUUCUAUGAGUCCAGUAUAUUCACCACCUCCCAGUGUCCGUGUUCCAGUUUUUGAGCAGCUUCUGCCUCGUCUUCUACAUUGCUGCUAUGGAGUUACAUGGCAGACACAAAUGGGGGGAGUCAUGGGACUUGGAGCUUUGGUUGGAAAAGUUACCGUUGAAACAAUGUGUGUAUUUCAAGUGAGGAUUGUCAGAGGUCUGGUGUAUGUUCUUAAGAGGCUUCCCAUGUUUGCUAGGAAAGAGCAGGAAGAGACAAGUCAGGUACUUACACAGGUUCUUCGGGUGGUGAACAAUGUUGAUGAAGCAAAUAGUGACGCUCGCAGGCAAAGUUUCCAGGGUGUGGUUGAAUAUCUUGCAUCUGAAUUGCUUAACCCCAACUCUUCUGUUAAUGUGAGAAAGAUAGUGCAGUCUUGUUUGUCACUUUUGGCAAGUAGAACAGGCAGUGAGGUAUCUGAAUUGCUUGAAACUUUGCAGCAACCUUACCUUCAGAAUCUUGUAACACGUCCUCUCCGGUCCAAAACUGUUGAUCAACAGGUUGGUACUGUUAAUGCUCUUAAUUUCUGUCUGGCUUUGAGGCCCCCUCUUCUUAAGUUGACACCAGAGCUUGUCAAUUUCUUACAAGAAGCUUUACAAAUUGCUGAGGCUGAUGAAAGUGCAUGGGUUGUGAAGAUUAUGAAUCCUAAAGUGGCUACAUCUCUAAGUAAGCUGCGUACUGCUUGUAUUGAGCUAUUAUGUACAGCAAUGGCCUGGACAGACUUUAAAACACAGAAUCAUUCGGAGUUGCGUGCAAAGAUUAUUUCGAUGUUCUUCAAAUCCUUGACUAGCAGAAUGUCUGAUAUUGUUGCUGUUGCUAAGGAGGGGCUACGCCAGGUUAUUCUGCAGCAAAGAAUGCCAAAAGAACUUCUUCAGAGCAGCCUAAGGCCCAUAUUGGUUAACUUGGCCCAUACCAAAAAUCUUAGCAUGCCUCUUCUGCAGGGACUUGCUCGUCUAUUGGAGCUUCUGUCUACAUGGUUUAAUGUAACCUUAGGGGGUAAAUUAUUAGAGCACCUUAAAAAAUGGUUGGAACCAGAGAAACUUGCACAGUGUCAGAAGGCAUGGAAGGCUGGUGAAGAACCAAAAAUUGCUGCUGCUAUCAUUGAGCUCUUUCACCUCCUUCCUUCUGCUGCUGGGAAGUUCCUUGAUGAGUUAGUUACUUUGACCAUUGGCUUGGAAGCAGCUCUUCCACCAGGGCAGUUUUAUAGUGAAAUUAACAGUCCAUAUCGCCUUCCUCUUACAAAAUUCUUGAAUCGGUAUCCAUCUGUUGCUGUUGACUAUUUCCUUGCUAGGUUAUUUCAGCCUAAUUACUUCAGGAGUUUUAUGUAUAUAAUACGAUCAGAUGCUGGCCAACCCUUGAGAGAAGAACUUGCAAAAUCGCCUGAGAAAAUUCUCAAUAGUGCAUUUAGUGAAUUUAUGCCAAAAUCUGAUAUCUCAGCUGGUCAAGGAUUAUCAUCACCUGUAGCUAUGAUGAGUGACGAAAACUUGGCUAGUCCUCUUCCCGAAGGAUCUGUUUUACCCUCAGUCCCUAUUGGUACAAAAUCGGAUGCCUAUUUUCAGGGCCUUGCUCUUGUCAAAACUUUGGUUAAGUUGAUACCAGGAUGGUUACAGAGUAAUCGCAUUGUGUUUGAUACACUUGUACUUCUGUGGAAGUCACCUUCCAGGAUGGCUAGGUUGCAAAAGGAACAGGAGCUAAGUGUAGUACAAGUAAAAGAGAGCAAAUGGCUGAUCAAAUGCUUCAUGAAUUACUUAAGAUAUGACAAAAAUGAAGUCAAUGUGCUCUUUGAUAUUCUUUCAGUCUUCUUAUUCCGUUCGCGCAUUGAUUUCACUUUCCUGAAAGAGUUCUACAUUAUAGAGGUUGCUGAGGGUUAUCCUCCUGACAUGAAGAAAACACUUCUAUUGUAUUUUCUGAACCUUUUCCAAUCAAAGCAUCUAGGCCAUGACCAUAUGGUUGUUGUCAUGCAAAUGCUUAUUCUUCCAAUGUUAGCUCAUGCCUUUCAGAAUGACCAAAGUUGGGAAGUUGUUGAUACCGCUAUCAUAAAAACUAUUGUAGACAAGCUUCUUGAUCCUCCAGAAGAGGUUUCUGCUGAUUAUGACGAAUCUCUGAGAAUAGAACUUUUGCAACUUGCCACUUUACUGAUUAAAUAUCUCCAUAAAGAUCUUAACUGUCAUAGAAAGGAGCUUAUCAAGUUUGGCUGGAAUCAUCUUAAACGUGAAGAUAGUGCCAGUAAGCAGUGGGCCUUUGUAAACGUCUGCCACUUCUUAGAUGCUUAUCAAGCCCCAGAUAAAAUUAUACUGCAGGUAUUUGUUGCACUUCUAAGAACUUGUCAGCCAGAGAACAAAUUGUUGGUCAAGCAAGCACUUGAUAUACUAAUGCCUGCUUUACCCACAAGACUGCCUCCUGGCGAUUCCCGAAUGCCUAUAUGGAUACGCUAUACAAAAAAGAUUCUGGUUGAAGAAGGUCAUUCUAUUCCUAACCUGGUACACAUUUUCCAGCUGAUUGUUCGCCAUUCUGAGCUCUUCUUCAGUUGUAGAGCUCAGUUUGUACCUCAAAUGGUGAACACUCUUAGCCGCCUUGGAUUGCCUUACAAUACCACUGCAGAGAACAGGAAACUUGCUAUUGAGCUUGCUGGCUUGGUCGUAGCUUGGGAAAGACAAAGGCAAAAUGAAAUGAAAGUAACCCCUGAUCAUAGUGUAUCUAGCAUACAUCCUGAUGGAUUUCAUCAUGGCUCUGAAAGUGUUACUCCUCAGCGUCUAACUGACGGAUCUUCUUUUGUUGAGGAUCCAAGCAAGCGGGUAAAAGUUGAACCUGUCCUUCAAGCCCUUGGUGUCUCAUCACCUGGGGGUACCUCAUCCCUUUCUAAUAUGGAGACCUUGGGAACUUCUGGUCAACCUGAUGAAGAGUUCAAGCCAAAUGCUGCAAUGGAGGAAAUGAUUAUUACUUUCCUAAUAAGGGUGGCUUUGAUAAUGGAGAUCAAGGACAAGGAAGGAAGUCUGAUGUAUAAGCAGGCUCUAGAUCUCUUAUCACAAGCAUUGGAGGUCUGGCCAACAGCCAAUAUCAAAUUCAACUAUCUAGAAAAGAUGCUGAACAAUAUACAGCCUUCACAAUCCAAGGAUCCAUCAACAGCUCUUGCUCAAGGCUUGGAUGUUAUGAACAGAGUUCUGGAAAAGCAACCGCAUAUUUUUAUUAGAAAUAACAUCAAUCACAUUACCCAAGUUCUUGAGCCCUGUUUCAAGUAUAAGGUGCUAGAUGCAGGAAAAUCUUUAUGCUCCUUGUUGACUGUGGUCUUUACUGCUUUCCCUUUGGAGGUUGCAACUACUCCACAAGAUGUGAAGAUAUUGUAUCAAAAGGUUGAGGAAAUCAUACAGAAAAACCUUGCUGCUGUUUCAGCUUCUCAGUCAUCUGGGGAAGAUAGCUGUGCUAGCACGAUUAGUUUUGUUCUAUAUGUCAUAAGGUCCCUAGCAGAGGUGCAGAAGAACUUAAUUGAUCCUCUUCACUUGGUCCGAGUCCUCCAGCGUCUGGCUCGUGAUAUGGGUUCGGUUGCUGGUUCUCAAGGAAGACAGAAUCAAAGGUCGGAACCUGAUCCUGUAGUCACUCCACGUCAAGGUCCUGCUGUGGGGACAGUUAUUUCCAAUCUUAAGUCUGUACUGAAGCUUAUGAACGUGAAAAUGAUGAUUGUUCCCGAUUGCAAAAGAUCUAUAAUUCAUGUCUUGAACGGCAUACUGUCUGAGAAGGACACUGAUGCCACUGUGCUUAUUUGCAUAGUCGAAGUAGUAAAAUGUUGGAUAGAAGAAGACUUCAGGAUGGGCGUUGGAUCAAGUUCCAUUUUUACAUCCAAAGAUGUAGUUACAUUUCUACAUAAACUUUCACAAGUGAAUAGACAGAGUUUUUCUCAAAGCAUGUUGGAAGAGUGGGAUGCGAAAUAUCUUGAACUACUUUUUGGACUUUGUGCUGAUUCAAAUAAGUAUCCUCAUGCCCUAAGGCAAGAAGUGUUCCAGAAGGUCGAGAGGCAAUUUUUACUUGGAUUAAGAGCAAAAGACCCUGAUAUGAGGAUGAAUUUUUUCUCUCUUUAUCAUGAAUCUCUUGGGAAGACAUUAUUCGCAAGAUUGCAGUAUAUUAUCCAAAUCCAGGACUGGGAUGCUUUAAGUGACGUUUUUUGGCUCAAACAGGGAUUGGAUCUUAUUCUUGCUGUUUUAGUUGAGGACAAAACCAUCACACUCGCUCCAAACUCUGCCAGGGUGCGACCUCUUGUGGUUUCAAACUCCCUUGCAGAUUCUUCUGGGGUUCAGCCCAUGAUUACUGAUGUAACUGAAGGUUCUGAGGAAACUCCCUUGACAUUUGAUACCCUAGUUUCAAAGCAUGCACAGUUUCUGAAUGGAAUGAGCCAGCUUCAGGUGGCUGAUCUCAUUAUUCCAUUGAGAGAACUAGCACAUACAGAUUCCAAUGUUGCUUAUCAUCUGUGGGUGUUGGUUUUCCCAAUUGUUUGGAUGGCUUUACAGAAGGAAGAGCAGGUAACACUUGCUAAGCCCAUGAUAAAUCUCUUAUCAAAAGAUUAUCACAAGAGACAACAGGGGAUCAAACCAAAUGUUAUGCAAGCACUCCUAGAAGGACUUCAGUUGAGCCACCCUCAGCCUAGAAUGCCUAGUGAACUUAUCAAAUAUAUUGGGAAGACUUAUAAUGCAUGGCACACUGCGUUAGCACUGCUUGAAAGUCAUGUCAUGUUGUUUCAGAGUGAGGCGAAGUGCUCAGAGUCUCUGUCUGAACUCUAUCGGUUGCUCAAUGAGGAAGAUAUGAGAUGUGGGUUGUGGAAGAAAUGGUCUAAUGCAGCAGAAACAAAAGCUGGAGUUUCCCUUGUCCAGCAUGGUUACUGGCAGCAAGCUCAAAGUCUUUUUUACCAAGCUAUGGCCAAAGCAACCCAAGGAACACAUAACAGCACAAUAUCAAAGGGUGAGAUGUGUCUUUGGGAAGAGCAGUGGCUUAAUUGUGCUACUCAGUUAAGUCAGUGGGACGUGUUGACUGAGUUUGGGAAGUCUGUUGAGAAUUAUGAGAUAUUGAUGGACAGCCUUUGGAAGCAACCCGAUUGGGCAUAUUUGAAGGACCAGGUGAUACCAAAAGCUCAAGUUGAAGAGACACCAAAACUUCGGAUAAUUCAAGCUUAUUUUGCCCUUCAUGAAAAGAAUAUCAAUGGCAUUGGAGAUGCUGAAAACAUUGUGGCAAAAGGUAUUGAUCUUGCCCUAGAACAAUGGUGCCAAUUGCCUGAAAUGUCAGUUCAUUCUAGGAUUCCACUUCUACAGCAGUUCCAGCAACUAGUUGAGGUCCAAGAGUCUAUUAAAAUUAUAGUGGACAUUGCUAAUGGAAACAAGCAUUCUGGAAAUUCUGUUGUUGGAGGACAUGGCGGGUUAUAUGCAGAUGUCAAGGACAUUCUGGAGACAUGGAGGCUCAGAACUCCGAAUGAUUGUGAUAAUUUAUCUGUUUGGUAUGAUUUACUUCAGUGGAGGAAUGAAAUAUACAACAUAGUCAUUGAUGCAUUUAAGGACUUUGGUACCACAAAUUCUCAACUUCACCACCUUGGUUACCGUGACAAGGCUUGGAAUGUCAAUAAGCUUGCCCAUAUUACUCGAAAGCAUGGACUACAAGAUGUUUGUGUCACAAUUUUGGAGAAGAUGUAUGGACACUCAACCAUGGAAGUGCAGGAAGCGUUUGUCAAAAUUAGGGAGCAAGCGAAAGCAUUUCUUGAAAUGAAGGGAGAGAUUUCGAAUGGCUAUGCUUUGGUUAAUAGUACCAAUCUGGAAUAUUUUCCGGUGAAACACAAAGCAGAAAUUUUCCGGCUUAAAGGAGAUUUCUUGCUCAAGCUGAAUGAUUGUGAAAGUGCUAACAAUGCAUAUUCACAAGCAAUCAGUCUUUUCAAGAAUCUGCCUAAAGGAUGGAUUAGCUGGGGGAAUUAUUGCAAUAUGGCUUACAACGAGACACAUGAAGAAAUUUGGUUAGAAUAUUCUGUAAGCUGUUUCCUUCAGGGAAUUAAAUUUGGUGUCUCAAACUCCAGGAGCCAUCUAGCUCGAGUUCUAUAUCUUCUGAGCUUUGACCAUCCAAGUGAACCUGUUGGUAGAGCAUUUGAUAAGUAUUUGGACCAAAUACCUCUAUGGGUUUGGCUUUCUUGGAUUCCACAGCUGUUGCUUUCAUUACAGCGAACAGAAGCUCCACACUGCAAACUGGUACUUCUGAAAGUUGCCACUAUGUAUCCCCAGGCAUUGUACUACUGGCUGCGCACAUAUCUGCUCGAGCGCCGAGAUGCUGCAAAUAAAUCUGAACUUGGUAGAAUGUCCAUACGAAUGCAGCAAAAUUCAUCUGGUGCUGGUGGUUCUAGUUCCAUUGGUUUGCCUGAUGGGAAUCAGAGAAUGUCGGGACAUGGCGGUCCCUCUCUAGCCGCCUCUGACAGUCAAGUUCAUCAAGGAAGUCAAUCUAGUGCUGGAUCUCAAGAUGGGGGUAAUCCUCAGAUGCAGGAUUCUGAAAGAUCCUCUGUGGGAGAAAGCAGUAUGUAUUCUGGGAAUGACCAAACCCAAGCAGUAACCAAUGAUGGCCAGAAUGCAUUAAGACGUAAUGGUGCUUCUAGCUUGGUUGCUUCUGCAGCUACUGCAUUUGAUUCUGCAAAGGAUAUAAUGGAAGCUCUUAGAGGCAAACAUAAUAACAUGGCAGCUGAACUUGAGCUUCUUCUUACUGAAAUUGGCUCAAGGUUUGUUACCUUACCUGAGGAGAGACUGUUGGCAGUUGUUAAUGCUCUUCUCCACCGCUGCUACAAAUACCCGACUGCAACUACUGCAGAAGUGCCUCAGUCCCUCAAGAAGGAGCUUUCAGGUGUUUGCAAGGCAUGCUUUUCGGCAGAUGCUGUAAACAAACAUGUAGAGUUUGUUCGAGAAUACAAGCAAGACUUUGAACAUGAUCUUGAUCCUGAGAGCACAGCCACUUUUCCCUCCACUCUUUCAGAGUUAACACAACGUUUGAAGCACUGGAAGAAUGUUCUUCAGAGCAAUGUUGAGGACCGGUUUCCGCCUGUUUUGAAGCUGGAAGAGGAAAGCAAAGUGUUGCGUGAUCUUCAUGUUGUUGAUGUAGAGCUUCCCGGACAAUACUUCACCGAUCGGGAGGUUGCAACUGAACACACAGUAAAGUUAGACAGAGUUGGAGCAAACGUUCCAAUAGUUAGAAGGCAUGGAAGUAGUUUCCGGCGCUUGACCUUGAUUGGGUCUGAUGGCUCGCAACGACAUUUCAUUGUUCAGACAUCGUUGACUCCUAACGCCAGAAGUGAUGAACGCAUAUUACAGCUUUUUCGAGUGAUGAACAGGAUGUUCGAUAAGCACAAGGAAUCUAGGCGACGUCACCUUUGCAUUCACACGCCAAUCAUAAUCCCUGUUUGGUCUCAGGUACGGAUGGUAGAAGAUGAUUUGAUGUACAGUACCUUCUUAGAGGUGUAUGAAAAUCAUUGUUCUCGGAAUGAUAAAGAAGCAGACCAGCCCAUUACCUACUUCAAGGAGCAACUAAACCAAGCGAUUUCUGGUCAGAUAUCACCUGAAGCUGUUGUGGAUCUUCGAUUUAAAGCGUAUGGUGAAAUAACGAAGAAUUUAGUGACGGAUGGUAUACUAUCCCAGUACAUGUACAAGACACUGCCAAGCGGAAACGCCAUGUGGGAUUUCAAGAAGCAAUUUGCCAUCCAGAUAGCGCUUUCAAAUUUCAUGUCUUUCAUGCUGCAAAUUGGUGGGAGGUCCCCAAACAAGAUAUUGUUUGCUAAGAACACCGGAAAGAUAUUCCAAACUGAUUUCCACCCUGCAUAUGAUGCAAACGGGAUGAUAGAGUUCAAUGAGCCCGUGCCUUUCCGUAUGACCAGGAAUUUGCAGGCCUUAUUUUCUCAAUUUGGUGUAGAUGGUUUAAUAGUUUCAGCCAUGUGCGCAGCUGCUCAGGCUGCGGUUUCUCCUAAACAAAUUCAACAUUUAUGGCAUCAUAUGGCUAUGUUCUUUAGAGAUGAACUUUUGUCUUGGUCUUGGAGAAGAUCACCUGGGAUGCCGCUUGCACCUGCCAUUGGUGGAAAUGGUAUUAACCCUUCUGACUUCAAGCUGAAGGUCACAACUAAUGUGGAACAAGUAAUUAGCCGGAUUAAUGGCAUAUCUCCUCAAUAUUUUUAUGAAGAGGAAGAGAAUGGUGUGGCUGAACCGCAAACGGUGCAGAAGGGGGUUGCAGAUUUGGUUGAUGCGGCUCUUUGUCCAACGAAUUUGUGCAUGAUGGAUCCAACUUGGCACCCUUGGUUCUGAUGAUUUCUGAACCGCAAUCGGUGCAAAAUGAUAAUGGUAUGUAAAUAGUCUCAAUCAAUACCAAAGAAAUGUGUUUUCACAUUGCUUUGGACUUUAACUUAAUUAAAAUUUUAAUAAGUUUAAUUUUCUUUGGAGGUUAAAUAUUCUAAGUUGCUAUUAGUUGUGCUGGAAAAGCCUUUUUUUAUUUAAUGACUUUUUUUGUUCUUAUAGUA